AACCUAGAAAUAGAUUUUGAUCGGAAGUAAGAAGGAAGAAGAAGAAGAUAGAAUCAGAGAUUCGUAGUAGAUUUAUCGAUCGAAGAUGAACACUGACAUCACUGCCUUGGAGAAGCCACAAUACCCAGUCGUUGAUCGGAAUCCCGCGUUUACUAAAGUCGUCGGCAAUUUCAGCACCCUCGAUUACCUCCGUUUCUCUACUAUCACCGGCAUCUCCGUCACCGUCGGCUAUCUCUCUGGGAUUAAGCCUGGGAUUAAAGGUCCGUCAAUGGUUACUGGAGGACUGAUCGGGCUCAUGGGGGGCUUCAUGUAUGCGUAUCAGAACUCAGCGGGUAGACUCAUGGGUUUUUUCCCCAAUGAUGGUGAGGUUGCUAGUUACCAGAAGCGUGGUGGUUUCUCCAAAUCACUUUAGCUUUUUUUUUUAAUCUUCUUCUUCUGGAUCUGGUGACUUCAUUUCGGAAUUUGAAAACCUUUCAUUUCGUGUAAUCGGAUUGAAAUCUCUGCUACGUCUUGCUGUUUGAUUGAGGAGAUAUAAAUGUGCCUCUGUGUUUGUUUGUUAUGACUUCAUUAUGAUCAAUAAGAUUUGAGCGUUGAGUAUACUCUUUUAA